CGAAAAUAAGGUUCACAAUGUGAAAGAUAUUUCAAGAAUUUUAUUUCGUUGAAUAUUUCCUGUUAGCUGUGGUGGAGGUUUAUACCAUUACAUCCGGAGACAGUGAGUGGUCAAGCUUAUGGUGACGGUAGCUGGAAACACAGCCAAACAAAAUGGCUACCGGAGCUGAUAUCAGGAACGAUCUCGUAUGUAGGAUUUGUUUAAAUGUCCUUAACGACCCCCGAGUCCUAACUUGUGGCCACACUUUCUGUUUUGAAUGUAUCCGGCGGGACUACCAACGAUUACAGCUCACAUUAGGAAUAUGUCCAUUGUGCAAGGAAUCGUAUAAUGUUCCGCAGAGAGAUAUACGGAAACUUCGAAAGAAUUUUAGUGUCAACGAUGUACUUGAUUCAUUGAGAUCAGCAGGUCACCGUUGUGCAAUUUGCCAAGGUGGUGAUGGCACAUUUAUAUGUUUAAAGUGCAAGCUGAACAUGUGCCGACAUUGUUCGAGAAGGAACAUGAUAAACUGUAGACACGAGCUACUACCGAUAGAGGAUCUGAAUUCUCGUCCACUUUUACGGGAUGUCAUACAACGCAGUAGGUCUAAACAGACAUGUCCGUCACACCCUGAUCAAGAAGUGAACUUGUUCUGUCAAACGUGUAAACUUGUGAUGUGUUAUUUCUGUCGACUUCGAGACCAUCCUCAUCACGACACACAAGAGCUACGCGAAGCUGUCGCCAACCUUCGUGCAAAAAACAUCCCUGGUCUGUUGGAAAAUAAGACACGUGCCUUUGACCAAACUAUAGAAUCGCUAAGACGUGAAUUAUCCUUUGCUUCUGUCACAUAUUGGCGUGGGGGUAUAGAGGAGGAAAUGGCGAGCUAUCGGUAUCUCCGGGAAAACUGUUCAGAGCUUUACAUAGACAUGAACGAGUUAUUCCAUUAUGGUAGUGAUAAAACAAUCAUGGAACUUUUCCGUGAACGUGAGGAGGCAAUUAAUGACAUACUUACCAUCCCGACACAUAAUUUUGUUUGGAGAUGUACCAUCUGUACCAUCUAUACAGUGUACAGCGUGUUUGUCCAUAUCACUAAUAAUAAUCACCAAAACGCACUAGGUGGACUAGCUGCCGGCUAGGUGGACAACACAAGACCAAUUGCAGAUUCAGCAUGUGUGUUACUGUAAAAGGCUUCAUAGGUAAUAAAUAGUUGAACUUUGGUCUUUUAAUUCUCAAAUUAUUUUCCAGUGGACUUAACAAUUCAAUUCCAACUAUUCCGACCGGUUUGAACUCAGUGCUCAGGAAACAUUUAAUGUGAUUUGUACACAAAGUUAUAGUUUCCUGUCGAUUUGAUCUUAAAUAUUUACGAGUUCUGAAAACGACAUUGAUGAGAUCUCAACCAGACAUCUUUCAGUGAUAAACAGAUCUGAUUUUGUGA